GUCGCUGUGAAACGUCGUUGUCGUCGUCGUGGUCGUUUGUGGGACGAAUAAGUGAGUAAACAAGUGAGCGCCGCUUAGUCAAUUCGAUUACUGGCUGUGUGUUUAAAUGGAACGUUACUGGUUGCUGCCGCUUGUUGGAUCGCAUAAUCGCUGGACAAUGAAGCAGAACACUGGGCGAAUGCACGUCAGAUCUAACGUAUGCGAUUUUCAAUAGUAAAAUAUAAUAGAGGAGACCGACGUUGGCGAAAUUUCAAAACAUAAUUCAAAAGCCUAAUAAAAGCAGCAAAAGAAAAGAGACUUAAUUAGUGCGCCAACAAAGCUUGUGGAUAAUCGAAUUUGAUAAGAGUAAAUAAAGGUUUAUUGAAUGAGGGUGGCACCCUGAACGCCAAGCGAACGGAGCAUUUAAUUAGUCGGAUUCCAGCAACAGUGGCUACAGCAGCAGCAUUCAGAAUGCCAGCAAAGACUUUUGAAGCACUUCAACGAACGGUGCACACACAACGGCAAAAGAAUACCUACAAUAACGGCCACCGCCCAGCUAAAGCGUGGAGUCACACCUGGCGAAGUAGCUAUGGCAGCGACGGUAGCAGCAACACCAACAGUAAUACUAACAGUUCAACACACUUGUUUACACAACGUUCUGGCCGCAUGUUGCAAUCGCUAUUGUUAUAUUUCACCGUACUCCUAACUUUAGCAAACGCUCAAAACACCGAACAAUUGCAGAUCGUGCCUAUCGCAGGUGAGUCAACGUUUUUCUACGUCGGUUGCUACACUGCGCGCACAGAUCUCCUGCAGGAGUCCAUUUACUCGAAGACGCCACGGACUUGUGUGGAAAUAUGUGAGCAUCAAAACUUCAGCUACGCUAUUUUAUCCGCGGAACGUUGUUUCUGUAUCAACAAUGUCAUCGCGAAGGAUCGUCAAGAUGAUAAACUGUGCAAUACACGUUGCUUAGCUGACAAAUCACAGUAUUGUGGUGGCGUUGGUGUACACAGCUACUAUUCAACUAUAUGGGCCACAAAAACGGCACCGCGCAAUCUCCACGUGGACAACGUUACCGAAUACACCAUAACAGUAGCUUGGGACUCGCACUUGUCUCCUAGCAAAGUUUUUGUGGCUGGCGUUGAGGCCGCCGCAAUGAACCCAGUGCAAGAGAUUACGAAUUUUCGCAUACGUACACAUGUACUGCGCACGUACUCAACACUGCCUUUUUUCCCGCAGCCUGAAUUUAUAGUGCAGGACAUGGAGACAAGCUUCGAAAUCACUGACCUACAUCCGGCCACCGAGUACAAUAUCACAGUCGAGGCAAUGUGCGCACAGGUGGUAUGUGGCAAUGCCUCACUACACGCUACUACCGAAGUGGGUAUGCCUAGUCCCACGCCGUCGCAACCACGUGUGAUCCGCACAACAGAUUCCACUAUGACCAUAGAAAUACCGCCGAUGCGUAAUGAUAAUGGACCGCUGUCCAAAGUGCUGGUAAUUGUGGAACGUGUAGAUGCUUCGUUGAGUCAACCUUUCGACACCGAACUACUGGGUGGUUGGCAAAAGGCCCAAGAUGAUGGACUGCCGUAUUACAUAACUGCACAACUGGAUUACAAUGGACCGGAUGAUAAUCGAACAAGACAAUUUAUUGUGGGCGAUGGCAGGCGUUAUGGGCCUUAUUUGAAUGUGCCAUUGAAUACGACUGGCGCUGAUAUACACAUCAGCUUGGGUUUGGUUAGCACAUUGAAUGGUGUAACAAAGACCCUGUAUACACGUGGUUCACACGAUCAACACGCAAUUACAUUGGAUAAUUUUCAAUACGCCACCUUCGAUUCGGGCCGCGCUUCCAUUAUUGCUUUGACCGUGACUUGUAUCGUAUUUGCCAUUUGUUUGAUACUCAGCGUGUUUACGUAUUUCUAUUUGCGCUACAAGACCUGCCAGGCGCGCGGAGGUUUGAAUCGCAAUGCUCAUGAGAUGACCAUGCAACAGCCGAUUAUCGAGCGCGAGAACAAUGGGUUCGUUGUGGAGGAUGAGUUGCUGCCCGCUGAGAAUUUCCGCCAGCAGCUUGAUGUGCUCAUCUCGGCUUUGGACCCCAGCAAACGGUUGCCUCGCAAUGCAUUGCGCAUGAAUGUUAAUGACAUAUUUGCGGAUGGACGCUAUGGUGAGGUAAUUACUGGCAAAUUUAUCUCUGCCGCAUUGCCGGAAGCUAGCGCCGACUGUCAACUGCAUGUGCUCGCUUUGGACGAUUUGCAGGGUAAAGAGCAAGCACACCUGCUACGUGACUUCCGCAAUCUUUCAAAGUUGCAACGACACGAGCAUUUACUUGACUUCUAUGGCAUCUCGUCUAGCACCGAUUGGUUUUAUUUGGUCUUUGAGCAUCAAACUGUGAGUUUGAAACGUCGUCUUAUCGAGAGUAGGCGCGUGCCUAACACGGCGCCCAUGCAACGUAUUACUGCACUCUCCGAGGAGUUGGUACUACAGUGGAUCUAUGAGAUAGCCAGCGCGCUCGAAUACCUUAGCAGCUGCAAAGUGGUGCACAAACAAUUGUGUUCACAUAAUAUUUUCGUCACAGCGGAUGCCAAAUUAAAGGUGUCGGUAUUCGGUCCGAUUCCGUAUGUGCAAAACGAAAGGAAAAUCGACAUAACUCGCUGGUUGGCACCGGAAGCGUUACGUUAUCAACAUUUCUCCGUCAAAUCGGACGUGUGGUCGUUCGCCUGUGUCGCUUGGGAGUGCUGUACGCUUGGCGGCACAUUAUAUGCCAAUAUCACAAACACACAACAACUACUUGACGCAAUUAAGAGUGGUUCACGACCUGCCCAACCGUCAUUCGUCUUUCAGGAUCUGUACCAACUGUUGCUCAACUGCUGGCAGCUAGAGCCAAGUGAACGUAUCAAUUUCGAGGAGAUCGCGUAUAAUGUGCGUCAGUUGAUGACAUCACCGCGACACGCGUUAUGCUUUGAUCGAGUGCCGGAACUGCCCGGCGAUAAUGUGCUCGACACGCUGCCAUACUACAUGCCAAUGCUGGAAAUGCUGAACUAGCAACAUGUGAUUUUUUGAAAAUAAUCAUUGUAGGGAUACAAAGGAGCGAGUCAAAUGUGCCUUAUAUGAAUGGGAAAUAUGAAUAUGUUUGGCAAAAACCAGCCUCUGCCUUUGGUUGCGACAGUUGUGUUCACAACAAAAUUAAAGUCUCAAACCUUAGUUUUGUGUAAUUUUAAAACAAUAAUUGUAAUAUACAUAUGUAUGUACUUUUUGUUUAUUUUGUAGCAAAUUAAGUUUAUUGUUUGAUUUUACUUUAAAUUAUUUUUUUAGACGUAAAUAAGCGUUUUGAUUGCAGAAAGCCAGUAUUCUCAUAUGUAGCUAUUUAUUUUAGUUUAAAGCCAAAUAUCCCUGCAGACAAGGGAAAGUUUAAUUACUGUGCAUUUCAAUAAACAAAAAUAUUCGAAUAUACUAAUGUUGGAACAACAUGUACAAAAUGUAUUGUUUUUGAAGACACUAGAAAUAUAAAAGCCCAUGCUAUGUUACAAAUGAGUUUCUUUAAUAAUAUUCAAACUGCAAUAAAAUAAAAUAUUUUCACGCGAUAUUAGUGGUAUAGUAUUUAAAAGCUACUGCAAUCUUAAAUGUACCAGAUUGAAAAUUUUAUUAGAAUUUUGUUUUCUAGCUUUUAUACGCCCACAAAGCGGUGAAAAUAAAAAGUGUAUAUUGGCAUUAUCAGAUAAA